AUGCACAUCUCAAAAGCAACUGUUUGCGCUGCCCUUUUCAUCACCCAAGCCAGCGCUCUGUGCACAGAAUGGAAACCUCUCGAAUGGACACGUGACGACUUCAAAACUUACUCCAACGUAAAGCCAAUCGAGCUCGACUCACUCUACUGCGACGAAAACCGAACCGAGUCUUGUUUCAUUUCAAAAAAGACAUACAACAUCACCGCGCCACGCCGACUCGAAUCUGUGGCCCGAAUCGAAGUGGAACGCGACCUCGACAACACCAUUUCCCCCGCCGACAAAGACAAUAUCUUCCAACUCGCAGCGAGCGGACAUAAUCUUACAUUUAUGACUCGCAAUACGGUACUUGAAUCAUCACAUUUAGCGAACAAUUAUUCGGAGGUCAAGCCGGGGAUUAAUAUGACGCUGGGUUGGAAGCCGUUGUGGUCAUAUUCCACGGGCGUUCUGGGGGCGUGUACGAAUGCUAGUCUGGAUGGACUGAGGCUUACGGCGGUCACGCCUUAUAUGGUUGGUGUGUGGGAGAAUAAGACUGAUGGGGGGAGCGUUGUGGAGGGACAGAGUGUUGCGAAUGGGGAGGUGUUGGCGGGGAUAUGGACGGUGGGGACGAGUAAUUUGACGCAGGAGAGGAUAAAUGCCGAGAUAAUAGCCGGAGCUUAUGGUGUGAAUUCGACGGUAAAUGGGACUGAAGAUGGGAAGAGUGCUGCGGGGAUGGUUGGGGUGAGUGUGUGGAGUUGGGUGGCUGUGGGGGUUGGGAUUGCUUGUGGAUUUGCGUGUCUGUAG